UUACAUCCAGGCCAACGUCCUCGGGCCAAGUGGAUAUAAACGAAACAAAGUCCUGCGAAUUACAUAUCGAUGUCGAGCAGUCUUCCCACCAUCUCCAGAACGAACCUUCUUCUCAGCUCGCCGUCAACAUGGUUUGCGCUACUGUAUACUGUUCGUUUCAUUGCGGCUGGCACAGAAGUGGGAGGGAAUGUUUUCUCUUCUCAACAGCAGUUCCAUUCCAUUUACUGGUAGCAUUGUUUCUAUCUACUGAACUGGGCAGACGAGCAAUAUUGUUAUUGUUAUAAACACGGCCGCAGCAGCAGCAGUAGUCGUGCAAGUAGCAGAGACCCCCGACCGUCAACACUAGUUGAUCUAUUGGACGAUAGCGCUGUGCGAGCAGUAGGCCCAUAUCGAAGGUAUCUAACACAACAGAGCAUAGACGACGGAUAGUGGUCAAUCAGCAGCACGAGUCAAAGAGUUGGGCAUCGCGACACCAGAAAGCCCGACGAGCUACCCGCCUUCUCUCUCUCGCCAUGCGUGUGUUUCGAUAACCAUUCAGUGCACCCAGAGAGAUACACGGGCACACAUACGCAGACCCACUUACUAGCUCUCCCUCUAUUGUAUUUGAGUGCUAUGUAUGUUGUGUAUUAUGAGUUCGGUGCGUGUGUUUGAUUCUGUCUGUCGAAGUUGGAUUGUCGGUGGACAACAGACAGAUUAGCUACGGCGAAACAAAAUCAGAACAAGUCAUCAUUUGGUAGACCAGCAGUCAGUAGGAGCAGAGACAGUCGGCAACAGCUAAGAUAGGGGAAGUGUAUAUGCAGGUGUUGACGACUAACAACAAGGAACAGCAAAACAAACGAAACCUACGAAUGAACGAUCGAUUGAAUGAAGACUUUGACUACUUGAGCUGGCACUUUCGUGCGAAUCCCAGCGACCAAGAAUUCGCUAUAAGUACUUCCACUGCUACUAAUGACAGUGUGAAGGCGAACAGGCUGUGAGAGUCGUGGUUCUGUUGGUUAGUGGUAGUGCCUUGCAGAUACUGUUCAUAGUGGGAGGGAAGUAAAACGAAACAAUUGAAAGGUAACUACGAAGCAACGAGUUCGACAAUACGGUUGCGUUGGAGCAGGACACGAAGGUCCGCCGGCAAUUGUGGUACUGCGUGAGGAGGCUGUUCGUCGGCGACGUUGCCUGAAUUGUCAAGCGAUGAUGAUGCUGUUUGUCGCCGCAGCGCUAAAAGUAUUAGUACUAGAGGCUUUAGUCGUCCUGUCUAUUCUCGCCAACAAGUGAAUCAACGAGUGAUUGUGGGUAGCGCCAUUAUAGCUCGCGAAAGGGAACACGUCAGCUGCUACUACCAUUCAGCCUUGUUUACUUCUUUUUCACCUUCAUUCAGUCGUCGACGAGUUACGCAGACGAGACUUAGAAAGAGCAGCGGCAGGCACGUGUGGCAAAAGCGCGAGCCUAUAAUGUUGCCAAUAUUGAACAUGAGCUGGUCCAUGAUUUAGUCGGGCUACGACGAGUAGCCCAAUAAAGCUCGUACGGCUGAGAGCCAACAGUGCCCCCAAGACGAGGGUAGGAUUUCUUUUGGUUCCUGCUUGCUCGACCACGGCCGCGGUACGAACCGCAGCAAUCGUUCCCGAAGUGGAGGCGGUAGUGGUAAUUGAGCCCGUUGUGAGCAGCGAGACGAGCUUGCUUUGGCGUUCGUUUCGUUGGAGCGACGAUGGGCUCGGAAACAGCCGCUGGUCGAGGUGCCGGUGGAGCGCCGAACAAACUUCAGCUGAGUAUGACUGCACGCGAACUCGCCGAAAACGACGAUUUGGCCACCAGCCUCGUACUGGAUUCGUGGCUGGGCUUCCAGACGCACAAAAUGAACCUCAGAUUUCGACCAACCCGAGCAAACCAGCGAGGUCAACUUCGUACAAUCGUGGAAAAUUUUCGCAACGACCUCAACUACGAAUUGGCUUUCGAGAAACUACUCAAAGGCGGAUGGCUGCCACCAGCCUAUGUUUCAAAAGCACGUCGGGAAGCCCUUCGAGUGCAUAUUUAUCGGUACCUUAGGUUGUUUGACAAGGAGAGCGGCUUCGAGAUUCUGCCAUGUGAUCGUUACUCCAUGGAAGGUCACAUGGGUGCGCGGUUAUGCGCCACCCGACGUUGGCAGAAAAAUGACAAGAUCCCAAAUCUAGUCGGGUGCAUUGCCGAGUUAAGUGCGCUGGAGGAACGGCAAAUGCUUGUAGCUGGCCGUAACGACUUCAGCGUGAUGUACUCGACGCGCAAGAACUGUGCCCAGCUAUGGCUCGGCCCUGCAGCCUUUAUCAAUCACGACUGCCGAGCUAAUUGUCGGUUUGUCUCUACGGGACGAGAUAGCGCCUGUGUCAAAGUCCUUCGAGAUAUUGAGGCCGGUGAAGAGAUUACGUGCUUUUACGGGGAAGACUUCUUUGGCGAUGCGAAUUCGCUGUGCGAGUGCCACACAUGCGAGAGGAGAGCUGCCGGUGCAUUUCGUCUUACCGAAGAUUCGGAUACGACGGAUGCCCCGGGGGCGCUGGGAAUUGGCAACAGCAAGGCAGGUGGCUGUGUCACCAUGAACGGAGUGAUGUCGAUGCUUCCGACAGCGCGCAAAUACUCGUUCCGAGAAACCGACAAUAGGCUGAAACGUAUUCUUAGCGUAAACGGGCAUGCUGACGUACGGUCGCCCGGCAUUGUUUCUUUUGUUGAACAACAACAAAUAGUUCAACAGCAACAACAACAACUGGCCGUAGCCGACCAGCCAGUUUCGUUAAGCGGCGUACUACACGCUGCUACUGUUGCGAAUAACAGCAACAGCAGUAGCGAAAACAAUUGCAAUGGAAAUACGCACAGCAGUGCUACAAGCGGGGUUCAAAUUGUCGCAGGUUUUCGAAAACCAUCUGCUCGAAGAACAAGUUCCUCGCAUUCGUCAACGUCUGUAGCUGUGACUCCGAUGACGGCAGCGUCGGCGGCGUCUUACGAGGUAAAAAAUGCAUCUUCCACAACCUCUCUGAAAAAAGGGGACAAAUCUCAACAGGGAAUUAAUGCCACAGCGGUUACUGCCACAUGUGUGACUGACAACCGCAGUGUUUCAGCAGUCACAAAAACGAGCAGUCACAAAAUAGUCGAUAAUUCUAAUUCAAGGAUAACUUUGUCUUCGGUAAUGUUACCCUCAUCGACGAGUCAACGGUUGACGAGUUCGCUCGAUGUAGUUAAUUGUGCUUCUCAGUUGACGCAGAAUUGCCGCCAGAAGCAACAACAGCUACAACAACACCAGUUAAAAACAGAAGAAUCCAACUCACAACAACAACAACAACGACAACAACAAGAACAGAAAAGUCAUCAACAGCAACUACCUCAGAGUCAUCCAUCAUCACCACAACAACAACAACAACAGCAACGGCAGCAGCAGCCGCUGCAAAGAACGCAAAACCAGAUUCAAACGCACAUUACUCGAUCUGCGCGAAUCAAGUCGCAGACCACCACGACGACGACGACUACGAGUACAGCUUCAGGCAAAAGUACUCUUAAAGGAAAUCACGGCAGCCAUAAUCAUACUAAUAACAGUAACACCGAGAACCAUGAACAUGGGGGGGUUAGAUUACGAAAAUCGGCAGCGGGCCUGGGAAUGGGCCUGGCUAGAGGGUCAGCGACAGCUGCCUCCGGUGGACUCAUGCCGAUCAGCGGUUCACGCGAGGCCACGCAAGCGGCAGCAGCAGCAGCAGCUGUUAGCGGUGGUCGAGGCGUCGAUGCCGGAAGCAGUGUAAACUCAGUCGCAGGCCAUAAUCAUACUAACCAGGUCGUAACUGAUAGCGGUGAGAAACCAAAGCCACGAACGCGGCCAGGCCAACUGCAGGUUCACAAAGUAAGUAGUCAAAGCGGUCCUGAUGGGGAACCACCGGAGCAGUUUAUUGGCCACCGCCGCCGUCAACUUGGCGGCCAGCAGCAGCCACAACAACAACAGCAGCAGGUGGAUAGCGCUGCAAACUCGUUGCAUCGCCCCUCGUCGCGCGACCAUAGCCCGUUGAAGCUGACGAUCAAGAUGGAUGCCAAUCACCUGUACCAGGUGUACCCGUCGUCCGAGAAGGUGCGUCCGAAUAUCCGUCAGGUAGGCGGAGCCGUCGGCGUAGGCCAUACACACAGGCAGACGGCAGCAGCACCUACUGUAGCGGCUGGUGCCGCUGGCGGGGUUACUGGAAAAAACGCAACUGGUCGAAAAGUUGGGAGCGAUCGGUCACCGUUAACGCGCGCGCGUCGCGCUUUUUCGUCGGGGAACCUGAGCCAGGCGAAGCGUAUCCGGUUGAUUGUUGGCACAUACUCGAUUAACAUCGAUCUCACCAAACGCGAGCGGGACCGCUAGCCUCCAAAAGUCAGCGCCUUCGUGUUCCUUUGAUUUUCAUGAUUUUUUCUUAUCCAACAAUUACGGUUUUUAAGAGAGUUGCUGCAUCUGGCGAUGAUUAUGACCAUGAUUACGGCAGUAAGAAGAACGAGACUGUAGAUAGGAUAACUAAAAAGAACACGUUUUAAGAAAAGAGCAAAAAGUGAGGAUUAUACCAAUGAUUGCAUACUAUCACAACGUGUAGGGGCAAAAUAGGCAGAUAGUGCUCUCAUAGGUUUUGUUUGCAUUGAAAGCAAAAUCAGCGUGUGAAAGUAGACGACUUACCGGUGGACGCACGCUGGGGAAAAUUUGGGAUUGUUUUAGUAAGAUUUGAGCAACAAGGCCUUUUGCUUGUCGCAACGUCAGCAACGUAAUGCUGAGACGUUCAGUAUUCAACAUAUGGACGGUUUUUAGAUGCCGCGCUUAACCGUGUUUGACCGUGUUGCAUUGAUAUGUGACAUAUUUUGGAUCCGAUCAAUUGCAUAAAGGCUUGCAGUUCUAGGAUCAUUGGGUUUCUCCAUGUAACUUGUUUAAGUAAUUUUAAUGUUUGUGUGUUAAUGCUUGGUGAGUAUACGAAACCGGUGUAGGGCAAUAGCCCUAAGUAUCGUAGAUUACUUUGGUAGAUUAAUCUGAGGGUCACAGUCAAUUGAACUUUGAGGAGCCGUAUCACCUUCUUUGUAGAUAACCUUCGGUUUUUUGAAAAUCGUUGAGCGAUCUCUUCUUCUUUCGCCUUUCGAAUUAGCCUUCGAGGGCAAAACUUAUAAACUAUGGAGCCGAUUAAAGCACGAAGGCCUAGUGCGUAAAAAAAUGAACAAAUUAUUUUCUUUUCUCAUUCGCAAAAGCGUGACUGCACUUCCACAGGUAUCGUGCGCACUGACUACUGACCCAGCGGAUCCAUGACGCGCCACUGGCAAGAUCGCAACAAAACCAUCUCACAAACACUGCCAUAUUGAUUAACUGAUAGAGGGGUGCGCAAUGAGUCGUGAAAGUUACGUGCUGGUGAAGAAUGUUCGAAACAUCCAUACGAAGUAUGCUGGUGCUUUUGGUGCUUCUGGUUUUAGUAAGGUUUUGACGCCAGUUAACGCGCAAGUUCCUCAGUUAUACGGUAAUGGACCAUACUGGUCGGCGUUUAAAAACGGUGUGAAGUAUGGGCUUAAAUGUUCAGGCAUUUUACGUAGGCGGAAUGUAAAUUGACUUAAUUGAAACAAAAGCCAUCGCAUACAACGAACCUCAGUCAUAAUUAGCCGGUCUCGCCUCUUAUAUGCUCUCUAAAUUUUAUUGUAGUUAAUGUUUUUACUUAAUAAUCUUAGUGAAAAAAUUUUCUCCGCUAAAGCUGUAACCACGAUCGUGUUAAUAAACCAACUAAACGGGGCUGAAAAGUCUGGAUACCUGGCCAUACAACAUCUUUAAAAUUAGCUAGGAAACCCGAACAUAAAUGUAAUUUUCACAGACAUAAUGACAAUUAUGAUAAUAAUAUAUUGAACGUACAACAAUAAUUAGUCGAAUCGAGGAAAAUGGCACGUCAAGGAAGCUACGAAACAACAGACGUGUGGGAAGAUGAAAAGCUGUUUUUCAGUGGUAUAUCCGCAAGAAAAAGAAUCUAUUGCAGUUAAUUUUAUGAUAUUAGUCAGUACAACUCCUGUGGUAGAAGAAAGGUAUAGCCCUAAGUCAUGUCCGAUUUCAAAAGUUUGCGCGAGGUGAUUAUCACCCAGAUGAGAGGCUGAGUUAGGCGACAGAAUAAUGGGAUGAUUAGAGUCUUUUCCGUGAGAAGAUUUCCAUCGAUAGGGUUAACCAGUACUGUUGAGUUAUGAAUGAUCGUGGGUGCCAUCGUACAUCAUAGACAAUUCAAACAAAGAGAGAAUAGCGAAUUAAUUAUUCCGUGAAAUAGAGUACAGACGAAAGAAUGAGCUGGUUUGUGGUCUGUGGUUGAUAGGCAAAUAAUGAACUCAACGAAAGGUGUCCUUCGUAGGACCAGUACCGACUUAACGAGCGACGCAACCUGUACUAUGGCGUGCUACAGACCGUCCUCGCAUGGCUUAAACGUGUUGACUUUUGAAUGGAGCUGGACAAAAAAUGUUUAUGGGGGUAAAAUGGCGUAAAUAUUUGGUGGUUUCAGAUAAGAGUUAAAAAAAUCCGUUAGGAAGAAGAUUGCUUAGCUAAUGCGGCAGUGGGUUGGUCUACAAACAAACCUAUGGAUUUAAAAAAUUGUAGGAUUUAAAAGAAGUCGAUACUCGCGAUAGCCAGGUACAUGCACACAAAAGAAUUCAAGCUAUGACAGAUACGCGAGGGGUGGCUAGUAAUAGACAACACUGUUGAAAAAAUAGAAGAUUCGUUUUGAUCGAUCGGUGUGCUUACGUCUAUGUACCAGUUUACGAACAGAUCCCACAUCGGGUUGGGGAGUAUUAAGGGAGGAACUGUUGGUUAUUAUUGUAUCUUCGAGCGUUUGUAGAUGCUCUGAAUGGGAAAAAGCGUUCCAGUGAGAGAUUACGAAAAGCUGUGUACAUCUCUGUAGAAUUUAGUCGAACUGGUUGACGCUGCUGUAGCGAUUAAGGGACGCAAACAAAAAAAAAACUGAAACAAAGAGGGAGGAAGGGGGGUAUGGGGUGAAAUAUAGGUGAAUUUGGACGCCAGCAGACUUAUCUCAGCGGAGUCGACCCUAUUUUUCAGCUCCGUUCGGACCGGGAGCUCUGCUUUAAGCACGAGCCGGUUGUUGGUUUCGCUCGGUGACGAUUAGCCGAGCAGGCUGGGCGCGAGGUUGCUGCUGGGGCUAUAGCAGGAUCGAAGGCGUUCGAAAAUCGAGAUAAGAUUUGUGGUGAUUUCAAGAGUGGUGGCUGUGUUGGCGGAGUGGCAAUCAGGCAAGACGUAAGUGCGACGGCGGGCUUAGUCGUGCCAAGUUCAAAACAUAUUGAACUUGAGCUAUCAAGUGCGGGAGAUGAGUACGGCAAACUAGCGCUGGCUAUGGCGGCGAUAGCGGUAACGGCGGCAGCAGCAGCAGCAGCAGCAGCAGCAGCGAAAGGUGAUGUAGCUGUUACUGCUGUAAGAGGCAGGUAGGCAAGCAGAUGUCGACGGCAUCAACAAGACGAAAGUGUUAACGCCCAGAGGUAACUUGGCGAUGACGAUAUCAGGCAAGAGACUAGACAAAGAGCGGGGGUUAGGCGUGUCAAGAACAGGAGAUCAAGCAUUAAGAAACAAAAGUAGGCUGGUACUACAGUGCUGGUCACAAAAUGCGGCUGUGUCCCCGAAUCGAAACAAAAAAGGAAGUAGUUACUAUGUACGAUCCGGAAGCCCUAACAACGUUCGCAAGUUCCAUCUGUUGAAAAUGUUUGGCCUUUACGGUUUGUGCUAAAAGGGUUCGGCACCGAUCGGUUGUUUGGUGAGACCUCUCUUAAAAACUAGCGCGCGUGUACAUGUGUGUGUGAGUGUGUGUGUGUGUGUGUGUGUAUAUGUUUGUGUUUAGUAAUGUCGUAUGUAGUAUUUUCGAGAUUUUCUUUGAUUUGUGUCACUGUCGUUUCGCUUGCUUUCAGUGCCUCUUUCAUAGUAACUAGUAAAGCAUGUGCUCGCCACCGUGCUACUUGACAGUCGGCUUGCGAUGCCUACUAUAGGUCCUGCUAAUUAAAUAAACAACUGCACGACUACCGUAUGCUUCGCUGAGAAAAAGCAGACAAACGUGCAAGUUGGUACGGCUUCUUCAAAGGUAAUUAAUUAAAGCAGAACUCGUAAAAUAUUUUUCAACUUUUACGAAAACUUGAAUUUGCCAGUAUUAAUAUUAACUUCGAUAAAACAGAUUGCUGAAAUUGAAUUGAUCGUUUCGAUGGGUUUUGAUUGUGUUACGAAAAUCCUGCACCGCUUAUAGUCGUUUACUACUAUAUAAUAUAAAUAUAGCAUAAAGUGAUUUAUGUAUGUUCAACAAAUUCGGACAAAGAAAAAAAGUAAGUUUUCGUACAAAAAUGAAUCACUCUCAAAUAACUUUUUCAAUUCGUAGGACAUUUGUGCAGUUGAACAAUGGAUUUUCCCUAGCACGCUCGAUUCAUUUUGCUGGCACCGUAAUGUAUACAUUGUGUUCAGCUUGCAUAUUUUCCUAUAAUAGUUCCUAUGUAACUUUGUUUUCUUUUGCCAUUAAAGUGGUACUGCAAUGGGUUAUCGGAACAGUUGUCUGCGAGGGUAAUUGGGUUUAGUCAGAUUUGCCGGAGACGUUUGUUUAUAGUUAACAAGAUAUAAAGCACUGUAUAGAGAACUCUUGAUAGUGUAGAUGUGUUUGUUCUAGAAAAAGCGCUCAAUAACACAGUGUACAGAUAGAGAUAAAGGUGAACGUGUAAAAAUUUACUGCUUUUUUUUUUUUUUUUUUCGGGUGAACGAUUUGCAUGAUGUUUGAAUAGAGACGACAAACGAAAUGAGAACAGGAUGCUAUAUAGAACCUAAAGUUGUUUGAGCAAUUAAUCGGUGUUAGGAUGUAUGAUUGCAACGAGCGAGCUGAUUAUUGUGAAUAAUAAUUUAUAGUUUAUGGGUUAGUGUUAUAAUUGCGGGUAGCAAAAAAGAUAAUAGCAGCAGGGCAAAUAUCUGCCCUCUUCUCCUAGCUUAGACGGAGAAUUUAUACUGUGAGGUCAAUGCUCAUUUAUACAUACGGUCGUUACAGGUUUCAGUCGAAAAAACUUUUUCGUCGCACAGACGAAUGGCUCAUCAUUGAGUCAUGGCGAUUGAACGUAAAUUUUGUCUGUUCAUUAUUAUUGAUUCUUUAAUCGAUUUAGAGGUUAUUACCGCGUAACAGCAUGAUAGGUAUUGGGAAAUUCAUUCAAAAAUUGAUGUUCUCGAUAAUGAUCAUUGGAUUCCAUGUUAGAUGCGUUGUUAUCAAUAUUAAUAUUAGAAAUAACUCCAAUUUAUAAUUAUUCUUUUUACCUCCAAUAUUGUUGCCUAUGAAGACCUAAUCUUCAAUAACUCGUUAUUGGCCAUUUUGGUUGAAGCAAUGCGGUAGCUUAUCUUAAAACAUUCUAACCUGUGGCAUUUGAUUAUAUCAACCAACAACAGUGAGCUAAUAAAUAUAUAGCCAUGUGAUAUAAGUUGACCAUUGGGUGCCACAUAGAAAUUAAGUAACAAUGGACUUCGGCGUAACAACGGGAGUAAAAUUAUAAUCCGUUUAACCCAGUUAAUUGUAUACUGUUCACACAUGACGAUUUUAUUGGCAUACGAAACCUUUGGUAAAGGCUCGAAAUUAAUGGUUCUUAGAAAGAAAAAAUAUAGGUUAGCCUUUUACCUGUAGAGGAAGCUAAAAAUCUCUCGAUUGAAUAAGCCAUUUUGCGUUCAUGCUCAGAAUGCGAGUUAAAUUUGUGGGCCGUUUUUCGUCAUGAACAUAGGAACAAGCAAAAAAAAAUUGCCAACGAUCAAGAAUAAGUGUCCUGAAUGUAAACAUCAUCUCUUCAAGAAUUAUUCUGAUGCUCGAAUAUAGUAGAAAAGAACUGCUAGAAACGGGGAAUAUUAAAGCGACAUUUAUAGACCGUGACAUCUGCUUUGGGCGGGUGGAUGAGGACUGUGUUGUUUGUGAGCGUACGCGGGUCUGUUUGUUCGCAGAUUACCAAGGAGGCCAAAACAAAGUAUCGGAUCGAUAAUUCGCUGCCACGGCUCUUUCGAAAUCUGUGAGUCAAUGCGGAGGUACGAGUGUCAGGUGGAAAGCGCAAAGGAUAACGAAGAUCGAGCGAAUGAGCUUGCGAAAGGUAGAAACGAAGCGAAGAAAUUAUAUACUAUGGAAAUUAUUAUUAUUAUAUUGUACUGACAAGAUGUGAUGCUAGGAAGGCCGACGAGGGUUCUGUAUUGAACUACGCUGUAGUGUAUAUAUAAGACUGUAAAUAAAUUGUUACGACAGAGGUCAUGAGGUGAAAAGGAAACAAAGCAUUGUCUUUACCGUCUGAGAGUAGAAUAAUGAAAUAACAAAUCACUGAAAAAACCGCUGAUAAGUCUAGCAAAUCUAUAAAAGCCUAAUGACUUUAAGAAUGGUUUACGUUAAUGCUUGACAUAGACCAUUUUAAUGCGAUCUAUUUAAAGCAACAUUGUUCAUAAUUGACUGUAUAUUCACUUGUGAUCGUGUUACCUUCGUUGUUGUAUUCGUUCCUUAAAAACAACAGGGCUAUCAAGGUGUUAUUACCGUAUCACGAGUUCUAUUUAUACACGAAAGCGUAAGUGUUCGAGAAAAGUAUUUACAUUAUUUCAUGCAUAAGAAUUACCAAUUACAACUCAGUAGUUGCAUUUUCUAUUUAGGACCUAUCAGGGAUCUAAAAGCGUCGAGUCCGCUCGAUAGGCGCUGUCUGGUAAAUACCUGUGUCAUCGAUUUAGUGCCGCGCGGAUAAAGCCUGUGGCUAUUUAUAUUUCUAUCGAGUGUUCGUAUAUGCUGUAACGGCCAAGUUUUCAACUUCAAACAAUCAUGCAAAAUGCUAGAAACUCUGUACUAUUAAUGAGGCUGAAUUUGACUCUGUGUUGGUCGUUAAUCGCUAUGCAUGACGCGAUCAAGUCGUCGACGAUCUUCGAUAGAUGUUCUAUAUUUGUCAGCGAACGUCAAUUACUAUAAUAGCAUUUGGAGCCAGCCAUCAAGCAAUGGCUAUUGUUAGGCUCAAGUAAUUAUUUCGCUUUUAGGGUUAGAUACAAUUAACGGACUCGACAGACAGAGUUAGCUUCACUCGCCAGUCGAUAUGAAUAUCCCAGAAAAUACGAUGAUCACCCCAGAUAAUGUUACUAUGCUGGCAAAAGCCUGAUUAAACUGUACACAGGAAUAUUGUCCUGAAAAUGGAAGCUGCACACUUACA